AGGCCUAAAGAAGCAGGCUAAGUCUUUGAAGUGUUUCCUCGUGUUGAUUUGGCAGAUUCACUGGGCAGCUGAUGUUGAGAUGAAGAUUGAUGAAAAGGUUAUCAGUUAUUUUGAAUCGAGUAAUACACCUGUGGACAAACAAGGCUACCUAUACAAGAAGGGCGAGAUCAAGACUUCCUAUCAGAAGCGCUGGUUCGUACUGAAAGGAAACCUUCUCUUCUACAAGGAGAAGCCAGCAGACCGGGACCUGAUUGGGGUCAUUGUUCUGGAGGGCUGCACUGUCCAGCUCUGUGAGUCUGAUGAACAGUUUGCCUUCUCUCUGGUGUGGAAUGAACCAGGACUAAGAACGUACAAAUUUGCUGCUGAGGACCAGGAGAGUCUGGAGGACUGGAUCAAGACCCUUCUGUCUGCCAAUCACCAAUACCUGGCCCUGUUGCUCAGUGACAUGGAGCGAGCCUACAGAGAGGCCUUAGAAGGACCCUCUAAUGAGCCAACCAAAACCAACCCUUUCAUCAUGCCAUACUUCCCUAUUUCUGAAGCAGGACGUGCUUCCACCUUUCCUUCUUUGCGCUCCUCGUCUUCACAACCGACCUUUGCAUCUUCAAGCUCUGGAGCAGGUCAUUCAUUAGGGCCUGGUUUCAGGGUUGGUCCAAUGGCCGAUCCAGUGCUUCAGCCGUCUGCAGCCAUUUCAGCCAAACCCACACUUAGAAAAUCCCCCAAGCUAUGGUCCAAGAAAGCCACCAAUGCUGUGAAUACUCAGCCAUCCUCCACAUUUUUUGGAGACUUUGCUGGAGUCAUAUUAGAACCAGAAGAUGAGUUUGUAAAAAUGCACGAAGAAUUUGGAAAGGAAAUCAAAAAACUUAUUUCACAUUGGGCAACGAGAGGACCAGAUGGACAAGAGAACCUAAUAGACUUUAGCUGAUAACUGUUAUUAUAUGUUUGAAACAAAAUGUAAAUAUUUUUAAAAUACAAUGAAAAAAAAGUAGAAUUAAUUUGUAAUUACAGUAUGUGAGAAUGUUUACGUUGAUGUCGUAUACUUAAGGCUAAAGGCCAAAUACAUCUUCCAAUAGUUUUACAGUUUAUAUUUAAUUUCUGUCAACAUAAUUAAUUAUAGAUUCAAUAAACAUCUGUUUACAUAUGUAUUUGUUUAAAAAAAUAAAAAAGUAGGUCAGAACAUUUGCC